AUUCUUUUCCUAAAAUAAAUUUUAUUCUUUCUCUUUUCGACAAAGAACCACUUUGCUCGCCGCCAAUUGAUCUGCUCUCCGGCAACGGGCGUUUUGCUCGCAGCAAACCUCUUGCCGCCGCUAAAAAUCAGUUGAUCACUUGUGCGAAAAUGGGUGAAGUGAAUCCGUGUAAAAAAUUAGCAGACAGGUAUCUGAAGCGCGAAGUUCUCGGAGAAGGUACCUAUGGUGUUGUUUUCAAAGCCAUUGAUACCAAGACAGGACAAAUGGUUGCAAUUAAAAAGAUUCGGAAAAGGAUCGAUGAGCCGUUAGACGGGGUCAAUUUUACAGCUCUUAGAGAAAUUAAACUUCUCAAAGAGCUCAAACAUCCAAACAUUGUUGAUUUGAUCGAUGUAUUCCAAUAUAAGCAGAACUUGCAUCUUGUGUUUGAAUUCAUGGAGACAGAUCUUGAAGCUGUCAUAAGAGACCGAAAUAUUUUCCUUUCUCCGGCUGAUAUUAAAUCUUACCUUCAAAUGAUACUAAAAGGUCUUGCUUAUUGUCACAAAAAAUGGGUUUUGCAUAGGGAUGUGAAACCAAACAACUUGUUGAUAGGACAAAAUGGACAGCUGAAACUUGCAGAUUUUGGUUUAUCACAGAUAUUUGGAGACCCAGAUCACGAGUUCGUUGAUCAGGCAUUUGCUCGGUGGUACAGAGCGCCUGAGCUAUUAUUUGGUGCCAGGAAGUACGGUUCAGGGGUAGAUGUUUGGGCUACAGCUUGUGUAUUUGCUGAGCUUCUUCUUCGUAGACCCUUUUUGGAGGGUUCAACCGAUACGCAUCAAACACGGACAAUUUUCACAGCAUUUGGAACCCCGUCACCUUCUCAGUGGCCUGAUAUGAUGUACCUUAAAUAUUAUGUUCGAGAAAAGUAUAUUCCUGCUCCCCCGUUGCGUUCUUUAUUUCCAAUGGCGAGUGAGGAUGCUUUAGAUUUGUUGUCAAAGAUGUUUACCUAUGAUCCAAAUGCUAGAAUUUCAGUGCAGAAGGCAUUAGAACACAGGUACUUUUCUUCUGCACCUCUGCCCACGGAUCCAGAAAAGCUUCCAAGACCUGUUCCCAAGAGGGAAUCUAGUGUCUCAGAUCUGAAUUCUUUUCAAUUAUCACCUUCUAGAAAGAUUAGAAGAGUGACGCCAAUGUGUGAUGGAGUUGAAGGCAAUAAUGUUGGUAAUUUCAAACAGACAGUUGGUGACAAUACUGGCACAAAUGAGCCCACACCAAUGUCACUAAAUUUUUCUAUCUUUGGAUUGAAACCUCCAAAUAGACCAACAAUUACCAGUGCUGACAGAUCACAUUUGAAAAGGAAAUUAGAUUUAGAUUUUCAGCAGUCAAAAUGAAUAUUCUUUUGUCCGUGCAUCAGUGUGUGGAGUUUGAUGCAUCCAAGAAAAUUCUGUGAAGCAGCUUUUAUUAUGUGUACAUUCCUUAUCUCUGCCCACUUGCAUGAAGCUACCAUGGAUGUGCAGAAACUUAAAGGAAGCAGUUGCAGUAACAGCAGAUUAUAGAAGAAAAACAAUAGUAACCAUACUCUGGAUCUUUUCUUAGGCCCUUGCCAUUUCUAGUGCUUGAAAGAACAAUGGGAUUUUUUACUUUUAUAGAAAAAAUAUACUAACAAUGAAAGAUUUAUUGUUUACUCUUUGAGAGUACGAUGUGUAUUUUCUCGGGUGCUUUAGACAGGUUGUGUAUUGAGCUAUUUUCUUUUAGUGGUAAAGAUUUCAUUCAACAAACA